GGAGGGGGUGGAGAAGGAGGAUAGAGAAAGAAAAAACGAGUAGAAAAAACAAACGGUAAGCGAAGAAACAUUUAAACGAUUAGGUCGUUAGAUCUCAUGAUGAGAUAUAGUCAGUUAUUUCCGCGUGGUUAUAUCAAUCAAGUUUUGUGAUCGUUAAUAAUAUUAAACAUAUUAAAAAAUUAUCUCGUAUAAAUAUCAUUUAACAAUUUCUUAAUAAUCAUUUGAUAUAUAAUGUUAUCUGUGAUGGUGUUGGUAAAAAAAAUUACGAACGAAUUUUUAUAAAUGAAUUUCUUUUAUCAACCUUUACGUGGUUACCUUCUUACCAUUUAUAUAUAACGAUUACAAUUGUUGAUAAUGAAUUGUGGAUUUACGCAUUUAUUUAUGGAUCUUAUAUGAAUUUUUUACAAUUCAUAAAUAUCGUAAUGCACAUUUGAAUUAUCUAUAAUUCAUAAAAUUCCUACAAUUAUAAUUAAUUAUUUGAUAAAACGUUUCUUUUUUCUUUCUUCUUCUUUUUUUUUCUUUUUUUCUCCAAAUUAUAUCUAUCGAUUAAAAGGAUACGUUUGAUUCGUAAUUUUUCAAUAAAAUCGUGGGAAUGAAAAGUUUUGUCUUUUUUUUUCUUUUUUUUUUUUUUUUCUAAUUCGUAAUGUAACCACAUAGAGAAUGUAAAAUGGCGUAGCAGUUAAUGUCAAACAACGAGUCAAUAUUUUUCAAUGGAGUCGUCGCACAAACGACGACUAACGAUUCCGUUGUGGAAUAAUAUCAGAUAGAAAAAAAAAAAAAAGAAAGAGAAAAAAAAGGAAGGAAAGAGGACAAAAAGGAAAAGGAAAAAAAAUUCCACAGAGUCAAGUAAAUAUGUAUAAAUUAAGGCAAAAAAGAAGAAGUAGAAGAGGAAAAAAACGAUGAUAUUACGUCUAAAUAUUACGUUUAAACCGAGAGAGAGAGAGAGAGAGAGAGAGAGAGAGAGAGAGAGAGAGAGAGAGAGAGAGAGUGACUAUCAUAAUUAAUCAUUAGACGUUGUGAAGUUGUUAAAUGAGAAACAAGAUAUCUAACUAACGUUUAUACGUUAUUAUUAUUAUUAUUUUCUUUUUUUUUUUUUUAAAUGCUUACCACCAUACUUAAUGAAUCUCUCACUUAAACUUGGUCUCUUUGAACGAUUCACGUUCGUGAAAAAAAAAGAAAAAAAAAAAAGAGAGAAAAGAAACGUCGAAUGAACGAACGAACGAAUGUAUGAACAAUGAACUCUUAAAAGGAAUGAUCGCUGAAGUAACGAAACUUCGAGACAAGUUUCUUCUAUGCCCCCGAAAGCCAUAAUCGACGACGUAUUUACGAGGAGACAACAACUAUGACAACUACAAUGGGUCAAGAUACUAAACAUCAAUAGACUUUCAAAGAUAUACUCGUGCGCCAUUCUCAUUCUUGUAUUAUUAUUUCUUCUUCUUCUUCUUCUUCUUCUUCUUCUUCUUCCUCUUCUUCUUCUUCCUCUUCUGUUUCUUCUUCUUCUUCUUUUUCUUUCACGUAAAUCAAUUCAACUCUACAAUUUCAACUCAACGCGAUAUAAAUGACCAGUAGAGAAAUAUGUAUUGAUUAUACUUAAUAUCGAUCAUUUACGGUUCCUCUUGGAUAACUUUCCUGUGGAAGGACAAAAGUGAAAUAUAAGUGAAAGAAACGUCGAGAGAGAGAGAGAGAGAGAGAGAGAGAGAGAGAGAGAGAGAGAAGAAAAGAAGAGAAGAGAAGAGAAGAGAAGAGAGAAGAGAGAAAAGAGUGGAGGUUUAAAGAGAGUGCGACAUCGACGGGAUCCUUUCGAUCGCGAAUACGCGCUGUGCGAGACCUAAUUUCGUUGACUCUCCGGAGAGUGGAGCGCUCGAAGAGAGCGUGAACUACACGAAACAAGAGAGAGAGAAAAAGAGAGAUAGAAAGAGAGAGAGAGAGAGAGAGAGAGAGAGAGAAAGAGUUCGAACGAGACUGUGAAAGAAAAAAAGAAGAGGGGAAAUACAAGAUACAAAACAUACAAUAACAACAACAACAACAACAACAAUGAUGAUGAUGAUGAUGCGUCGCGAACAAAAAGGUCAAGCAUCCUUGAGAAAGCAAUCGUCGUCGUCGUCAUCGUCGUCGUCGUCGUCAUCGCCAUUGGGCAACCAUUCGGCAUAUAACAGGACGACGGUGUACGAACUUGGUCUCUCGAAUUCGUCGUCGUCGUCCUCCUCCUCCUCCUCCUCCUCCUCCUCCUCCUCCUCCUCCUCCUCCUCCUCCUAUCCCUCGUCGUCUUCGUCGUCACCGUUAUCAUCGUCCUCGUCGACGAGCUGCCCAAGUCUUUUGACCGUCUUAGCAUGGACGGCUACGUUAUUACUUGUCUCGUCUUGUCUUGGUAUUGCCGAUGCUGGUGUCCUCAUGAGUCAUCCCUUAGGUAAACGGUCUUACCUUGAUAUCUCUUGCAAGGGCGUUUACGAUAAGAGCAUCUUCGCCCGCUUGGAUCGCAUCUGCGAGGACUGCUAUAAUCUUUUCCGCGAGCCACAACUUCAUGUACUUUGCAGAAAAAAUUGCUUCACCACCGACUACUUCAAGGGAUGCUUGGACGUUUUAUUGCUGACGGACGAGAUGGAGAAGAUCCAAAUGUGGAUCAAGCAACUCCAUGGGGCUGAUCCCGGGGUUUAGGCAAGACUGCUUCGGCACUCAAUACUUCAUGAGCUGCAUCCAAGCGUUGCUACUUGAGGACGAGAAGGAAAAGUUCCAAGGGAUGGUCGAGUACCUCGGUCGCAAGAAGUAAGCGAGAAAAGAAGGAAGGAAGGAAG